AUGGCCUUCAACGAUACAGAAGUGGACAACAGGGACCGUUUUCUGGCCGCACGAAACAGACAUCCCGUCAACGAAGCCAUUGUUUUCAUGGAAAAUCACGUCACCGUGCCUGGGAAACAGCAACCUAUUUUCAGCGAGAAAAAGGGCGAACUGGUUAACCUGAACGAGGCUUUGGCGCGAGAAAGGGAGAGGUACGAAUGUCUACAUGCUUCAACGCAUCAUGGGCUGACCUAA